GCAGGGUCAGUUAGAUUAGACACACUGGUUAUCCUUCACCCUCCUGAUCAUCUUUCAAGGCAUUUAACAAGUCCAACCGCAGAUAAAAUGGAAAAAGUGGAAGGACCUCCUUUACAUAUUGAAACCGCUGUAGAUAAUCAAGAUGAACCAGCCCCACCAUAUCCUGGUCCCUCUUUGGACAACAAUGCAGUCAACAGCCUGCCACCACAAUCUAGAUCUGAUGGAAAGCCUGAACCUCAGCUUAUUGCUCAUACCUCUGACCAAACUGUUUAUCAGAAAAAUCCUCAACAGCAAAAUCUGCAGCAAGAUGCUCAGCCUUCUUACCAACCUGUGGGUCAGCAAUAUCCUCAGCAAUAUUCCAACCCUGCUGAUCAACAAUAUCUCCAGCCAGCUCAACAACAACAACAAUGUAUUCAGUACGUCCCGCAGCAAGCUCAGGUUGUUCAGCCUGUGAACCAAGUGGUGGUGGUGCAACGGACGCCUACUGACGCUCCAGGGAAUAUGCACUGUCCACAUUGCCAGACCACAGUGGUGACCUCCAUCGAACACAAAAUUGGCUUUUUUACCUGGUUAACUGCUGGACUGCUGUUUAUAAUAGGGUGCUGGCCUUGCUUCAUAAUUCCCUUCUUUGUGAAUAUCUGCAAGGAUGUGCAGCAUUCCUGCCCACAAUGCAACAACGUCCUGCACACCCACAAACUCAGGUGAAAGAUAAUGUUGAAUCCGGCAGCGACAUGAAAUGUAUGCAAGAUGUCUAUUAAGGUCACAUGUACUGAGUUUCCCUCAUAUCUUAUAUAAUAUAUCUUAUAUCAUAUAUUUCAUAAUUGAAAUGUGACAUUACCUUUUGCUAACUGGUGAUGCAUUGCUAACAGUUUUAAUUUAAGACU